AGCAGGUAAGUACAGUCAUCCCUGCGGGGCCGCUGUGGGGACAGCUCAGUGCUGGGGACAGGCGAUGCGCGUUCAAGCCGGGGGAGGCGCGCCCGGAGUCACCGAUUUCCAGGAUAGGGGAGAGUUCCAGCCGGUGAGGGGACGCGCCCCGGAACGAACAGACUCUUAGCAGCCGGGGACCGGCAUUGUGUGACUGCUAGAGGGAACACGGAGUGCUGGCACCUUGGUUGGAUCGGACAGCCCGCGGGUCACCAUGGCGCUAUUAGCUGAGCUGUACACUCAGUUCAACAGGGUCUGGAUCCCCGACGCAGAGGAAGUGUGGCGUUCUGCUGAAAUUACAAAAGAUCUGAAGAUCGGGGACACUGUGCUCCAUUUGUGUUUGGAAGAUGGAACUCACUUGAAGUAUCCAGUGGAACCUGAAAAGCAGGUUCUCCCCCCUCUAAGAAAUCCAGAUAUUCUUGUUGGUGAAAAUGACCUCACAGCCCUCAGUUAUUUGCACGAGCCAGCUGUUCUGCACAAUCUCAAAGUUCGAUUUGUGGAGUCCAACGUUAUUUAUACAUACAGUGGUAUUAUCUUGGUUGCAAUCAAUCCAUACAAGGAGCUCCCAAUCUAUGGAGAUGCAAUUAUCCAUGCAUACAGUGGGCAAAAUAUGGGAGACAUAGAUCCGCAUAUAUUUGCUGUUGCAGAAGAGGCCUACAAACAAAUGGCAAGGAACAAUAGAAAUCAGUCCAUUAUUGUUAGUGGAGAAUCUGGAGCAGGAAAGACAGUGUCAGCUCGAUAUACUAUGAGGUACUUUGCCACAGUCAGUAAAACAAGCAGCAAAGCACACGUGGAAGAUAAAGUGCUGGCAUCCAAUCCAAUAACAGAGGCUAUUGGAAAUGCAAAAACCACUCGAAAUGAUAACAGCAGUCGCUUUGGAAAGUAUACUGAAAUCAGUUUUGAUAGAAGGUAUAAAAUUAUUGGUGCAAACUUGAGAACGUAUCUUCUGGAAAAAUCCCGGGUAGUCUUUCAGUCAGAAAAUGAAAGGAAUUACCACAUAUUUUACCAGCUUUGUGCUUCUGCCAACAAACCGGAAUUUGAACACCUUCAUCUAACGAGAGCAGAAGAGUUCAACUACACUUCAAUGGGUGGCUGCACAGUUAUAACGGGAGUUGAUGACAAAAAAGAUAUGUUGGAUACACAAAAGACAUUUGCUUUAUUAGGUUUAGGCACAGACUUUCAGAUGGAUGUAUUUAAAGUCGUAGCAGCUAUCCUGCACUUAGGAAAUGUGGAGAUCAAGCGUGUCAGUGAUGAUAGAUCCUCUGUUGAUGUAAAUGACAAACACUUGAAGAUAUUUUGUGAUCUUCUGAAUCUAGAAGCCUCAAAGGUGGCACAGUGGCUGUGCAACCGGAGAAUUGUGACUGUAUCAGACACUGUUAUAAAACCCAUGACCAAACAGCAAGCUGACAAUGCAAGGGAUGCUUUGGCCAAGAAAAUCUACUCUCACCUUUUUGAUUAUGUCAUCGAUAAAAUAAAUAAUGCAUUACAGUACCCAGGGAAACAACAUACAUUUAUAGGUGUCCUUGAUAUUUAUGGGUUCGAAACAUUUGAAAUUAACAGUUUUGAACAGUUUUGCAUCAAUUAUGCCAAUGAGAAGCUGCAGCAACAGUUCAACCUUCAUGUUUUCAAGCUUGAGCAGGAAGAAUAUAUGAAGGAAGACAUCCCAUGGACUCUUAUUGACUUUUAUGAUAACCAAAUAGUAAUUGACCUCAUUGAAGCAAAGAUGGGCAUUUUGGACCUGCUAGAUGAAGAGUGCCUGCUGCCGCAAGGAACAGACGAAAACUGGUUACAGAAGCUGUAUAAUAACUACCUUAACAAGAACCCCUUGUUUGAAAAGCCCCGAAUGUCCAACAGAUCAUUCAUUAUACAGCACUUUGCAGAUAAGGUAGAAUAUAAGUGUGAUGGAUUUUUGGAGAAAAACCGAGACACUGUGUAUGAUGUUUUAAUUGAUCUUCUGAGGACUAGUAAGUUUCAGCUGUGCUCCAGCUUUUUUCAAGACAACACAAGCAAGUCAGCACAAUUCAGUUCUGGAAUCCAGGUGAAAUCUGCAAGACCUGCGAUAAAAUCAUCAAAUAAAGAGUUCAGAAUGACUGUGGGAAGCAAGUUUCGGAACUCGUUAUGUUUGCUCAUGGAGACCCUUAAUGCAACAACACCACACUAUGUACGAUGCAUAAAGCCCAACGAUUUAAAACUUCCAUUUGAGUUUGAUGCCAAAAGAGUAGUUCAACAGCUACGAGCCUGUGGAGUUCUAGAAACCAUAAGAAUCAGUGCACAAAGCUACCCUUCCAGGUGGACAUACAUUGAGUUCUUUGGCCGUUACAGCAUUCUUAUGACUCAGCAGGAACUGUCCCUGAAUGAUAAGAAAUACAUUUGCAAAAUAGUACUGCAAAGACUGAUCCAGGAUUCCAACCAAUAUCAGUUUGGAAGAACCAAAAUCUUCUUCAGAGCUGGCCAGGUGGCUUACUUAGAAAAAUUGAGAUCAGACAAGCUAAGGAAUGCCUGCGUCAUAAUCCAAAAGAGCGUACGAGGAUGGGUGCAAAAGAAGAAGUUUAGCCGGGCCCGGCGUUCGGCCAUUGUCAUACAGCAGUAUUUCCGGGGCCAGAGAGCUGUUAGGCAAGCAAUAAGUGGAAAAGCCCUGAAGCAUGCUUGGGCAGCAAUCAUUAUCCAGAAAUAUGUUCGGGGAUUCUUAGUCCGUCGCAUCUACCAACUUAUCCUGGUGGCCACAGUGACCAUUCAGUCAUUCACACGUGGUUACUUGGCUAGGAAGAGAUAUCACAAGAUGCGAGAAGAGCACAAGGCUUUAAUACUGCAGAAAUACGCCCGUGCUUGGCUGGCAAGGCGAAGGUUCCAGAACGUCCGUCGUUUUGUGCUCAACAUCCAGCUUUCCUACAGAGUGCAGCGCCUGCAGAAAAAACUUGAAGAUCAGAACAAAGAGAACCAUGGGCUGUUGGAACGUCUGACAAGCCUUGCGUCGUCACACACACACGAUGUGGAUAAAGUGCACAAACUCGAAUCGGAGCUGGAAAAAAUUUCCUCCCAAAAGAAACAUCUGGAUGAAAAGGGAAAGAAGUACAAGGAAGAAGCUGAGGAGAAAAUGACAAAGCUUCAAGCCCAAAAUGCUGAACUUCUUGAGCAGAAACAUCAAAUGGAAGUAAAACUCGAGACCAAAACCCAAGAAAUGAAAGAUCAGAUGGAUCAGCUCACUAACCAACUAUUCACUGAUGUGGAGAAAGAAGAAAAACAAAGGAUGAAACUUGAGAAACAUUUUGAAGCCCAGGUUACUGAAUUCGACACUAUGAUAGAAAAAUUAAAAGAUGAAAUCCAAGUGUUAAAGGAGAGGAAUAAGCAUCUCCUGAAGCAGGCAGAAGAAGAGCAACUUGUCAAUGAUGGUUUAAGAGAAGAGAUAGACCAACUUUCCAUCCAAGUAAAGAAAAUACCAACAUUUCAAACAGAUAUUGAGCUUCUUGAAAACCAGAAAAGGGAUUUAGAACAUCAACUACAGGAACAAAAGCGUGAAAUGAGAGAAAAGUUGGAUGAAAUGGCAAAACAGCUUCUGAACAGUUUUGAAAUAGAGGAUGUUAAAGCUAGACUGGCUGAAGAGGAACUAGGAAAUCUAAAUGAAGAUGGGGAAAUAUGGUUUGCUUAUGAAGGUCUGAAAAAAGCAACCAGAAUACUAGAAGCUCAUUUUCAGACACAGAGAGAGAACUAUGAAAAGGAUAUUGAGUUGUUGAACUUUAAGGUCGAGCACCUCCAUGAUGACAUUAAACAGAUACAGAAUUCUUACAUGGAGGAAAAAGACUCAAAGGAGAGCAUCACUCUUGAAGUUGAAAGGCUGAGAUCUGAUAAUAAGGUGGUUAAGGAUCUGAGGAAAAAGUUGGCUGAACUUGAGGAACAAAACAUGGACCUACAGGGCCGUCUCUAUGAGCAAACUAUGAAAUUGCCUGAAAAAUCUAACCGCAGGAAAAAUUAUCCUGAUGAGGAUGAAGUAUCCCUCAAACUGUGGAAUGGUCAGAGAGAAAAUGAUAUGGCAAAUGUCAAAAUACAAGCAAUUCAGACAGACAAUAUGUAUAUGAAGGAACAAAAUGAAGCAGACACCAGGGACUUUGAAGAACAGGUAGAUAUGAAAGACCGAACAAUCAGGAAACUUCAAGAUCAGAUAAAGGCUCUUACGAAGUCCAUUGAAAAGGAUGAUGAAGUAAGGGUGCCAACAGUGUUUAAAGAUUAUUUGGGAAUGCUGGAGUUUGCUUCAGAAGAUGAAUCAAAACUUAUCAGGAAUCUUAUUCUAGACCUCAAACCUCGUGGUGUUGUAGUCAACAUGAUCCCAGGCCUGCCAGCUCACAUUAUGUUCAUGUGUGUGAGGUACACAGACUACAUAAACAAUGCUGAAAGAAUAAAAUCUCUGAUGAAUGCUUCCAUUAACAGCAUCAAACAGGUUAUUAAGGAACAUGCAGAUGAUUUUGAGAUGUUGUCAUUCUGGCUUUCCAAUGUCCACCAUUUUCUAAACUGCUUAAAGCAGUACAGCGGGGAAGAGGAAUUUAUGAAAUAUAACCAGCCCCUUCAGAAUAAGAACUGCUUAAAGAAUUUUGAUCUGUCAGAAUAUAGACAAAUUAUCAGCGAUUUGGCAAUCCGGAUAUAUCAUCAGUUCAUUACUGUAAUGGAGAACAACCUUCAGCCAAUGAUAGUGCCUGGCAUGCUGGAAUAUGAAAGCCUUCAUGGAAUUUCAGUCUCCAAACCAACAGGAUUCCGUAAACGUUCAUCUAGUAUAGAUGACACAGACUCUUACACUAUGACCUCAAUUCUACAGCAGCUUAGUUAUUUUUAUACGACUAUGUGCCAGCAUGGCAUGGACCCUGAGCUCCUGAAACAAACAAUGAAGCAGCUUUUUUUCCUGAUUGCCACUGUCACCAUCAACAGUCUUUUCCUUCGCAAGGACAUGUGCUCGUGUAGAAAAGGAAUGCAGAUUCGGUGUAAUAUCAGUUACCUUGAAGAAUGGCUGCAAGGCAAGAAUCUUCAGGGGGCUACAGCCAAAGAAACAUUGGAGCCCCUUUCCCAGGCAGCAUGGCUAUUACAAGUAAAAAAGAUUACAGAUGAUGACGCCAAAGAAAUCUAUGAACGUUGUACUGCACUUUCAUCUGUGCAGAUUGUAAAGAUCCUUAACUCCUACACUCCAAUUGAUGAUUUUGAGAAACGCGUAACGCCAUCCUUUGUACGCAAGGUCCAGUCCAUGCUAAACAACAGAGAAGACUGCUCUCAGUUAAUGCUGGAUAGUAAAUACCUCUUCCAAGUGACAUUUCCUUUCAGCCCAUCUCCCCACGCACUGGAGAUGAUUCAAAUUCCCAGCAGUCUGAAACUUGGCUUCCUAACAAGAAUCUGAAACUCAGGGGAAAGAGGCCACGUGAGUUCUGGCUACAAAAGCAACAUAAAAGCCUCUUCCAGGAAUCUUAUCUGAGGAUGCACCAGUGGCUUUUUUAUUUAGGCAACUGAACCUGUUACUUUGUUAGAAAUAAUCCGAAGAGGCUAUUUUUACAUGACCUUUAGUUUCAGGUUUGUCUGGAAAAGUUGUCUUCCCAACACUGAAUAAACUUGUGUAAGACUAGAGCAUAGACAUUUACAGCGUGUGCCUAGCAAAUGCCUGCCAUAGCGCACUGUCUUGGACAUAUGUAUCUGUUAAAUAAAUGCAGUUUUUAAAAAUGGAA